CUGCCUGCAAUGGGGCAGCCUGCCCCCUACACCUGCCAGCCGCGCCCCCCGCACGGUUCGGCCCUUGGAAAGGCAGGGGGAGGCCCCCCGCUCUCCAUUUCAUAAGCGCCCCAUUGCUGAACGUUGCGGGGGGAAGCAGCCCCACUCCAAGUUGCUGCAGCUUUCUCUCUUCCUUUCCCCUCCAGCCUCCCCUGCCAAAUCAACUUAGGCUGGGGCGGUAAAGUUUCCCCAGCCGAUUCCCCCGGUGAGAGCCAAAGACUGAACGGCCAGAAAUAGGGCCAGAAGAUGCCCUGUCUUUGGGGAAGAGGGGGAAGAGUUUUUAUAAAAAAAAUGCGAAUGGGAUGCGAGAACAGGGUCCGAGGGAUUUAAUCCUGGGGUUUUUGUAGGGUCGCCAAGUUGGUCCUUGGAUUUCUAUAGAUAGGUCUCCUCCGCUGUGUGUGCACAGCAGGGAAACGAAUCCGAUUUGACAGACCGGGGUAGUAGAACUAAGGGUAAAGUGUUUGUGUCUGUAUGUGUGUCGUGUGUAUGUGUGUGUCCAUUGAAAAAGAAAAGCCAUCCGAUCUUCGUGUGUGUGUGUGUGUGUGUAUGUGCGCGUGUGUGUAUCCAUUGAAAAAUAAUAGCCAUCCGAUCUGACAGUAGAUGCUUUGCCUGGGAAAAACCUUUACGACCUCUCUCUCUCUCUCCCUUCGUUCCCACCUACUGCAUUUUCAAACUUUUUCUUCGCUUGAUAAGCAGACCCAGUUCACCUGGGAGAAUGAGUUUCCCAGCGCAAUGUGUAUGGGAGAGGGAGGGUGGACGACCCCCUUUGAGUGAGUGAGGGGAGAAAAAAAAACCGGAGGGGAAAAACCCCACCCACCUCGGAUUGUCAAUAUCUAGGGGAAAAAGAAAACCCAGUUUAUUUUCCACCAGGUGUGGGGGAGGAUUUUUAAGAUCUAAAUCCUGCCUUCCCCUAGUAAAUCUCUUUGUGCCUCGGUGCGGGCUGCAACCGAAGCACGGAUAUUGACACUCCUCACUCAUCAGCCAUACGCCUCUAAAUUAUGUAGACAGGGAAAAGUGGUCUGAAGACGGAGCCACACAUGGUUUUGAUAGAAAUACAAUAUUCCAGCAGCAGAGGAAGUCCUCCCCGAUAAACCCAGCCUCAUCCCUUCAAACAGCAUUUCUUUAGCUUUCUAGUAUGUGGGCAGAUACAGAGAGAAACCUCCCUACCUACCAUCACCCACUUCCUCUCUAGGAUUUUACAAAGUUAUAGGGGAGGGGAUCUCAUGUGUAGUCCUAUAAAUGUCAUAUUUAGUCAUAGGAAGAAGAGCCUGUGCAAAACAUGUGGGGUAUUUUUUUUAUAGCUCAAUCUCAACCAGGAGUCUGCACUGAACUGGUGUCUAGUAUUCAUUAGCCUCUAUGCAAAACCUUACUGCACUAGAGUUCAUGGCUUCCCCCUGGCACAAGGGACCCGUGAUUCGUUACUCAAGAUAACUAGAAGGACAAGAUCUGCUAAGGGAUUGGUGCUUUGAAAAUCCUCACUCCCUUGGGAAUACAAAACUUUCUAACCAUGUUGGCAGCCAUGUGGAAAUGGACUUGCUUGCUUUGCCACCUUCUCCUAUUUACUAUAACGUCGUCCCUCGCUAGGCAACCGUUGCCUCAUCCAAAGAGGCCCUUUGCCACUUUCCCCGGGGAGCCAGCAGAGGGGACUUUUAACCACUUGGUGGUCGAUGAGAAAACCGGGUACAUUUACUUGGGGGCCGUCAACAGGAUCUACAAACUCUCCAGUGACCUGAAAGUUGAGGUGACCCACCAAACUGGUCCAGAUGAGGAUAACCCAAAGUGCUAUCCUCCCCGGAUUGUCCAGACUUGCAACGAACCCUUGACUCUCACUAACAAUAUCAACAAGAUGCUCCUCAUAGACAAAAAGGAGAAGAGGCUGAUAGCCUGUGGGAGCCUUUACCAGGGGAUUUGCAAGCUGCUGAGGCUGGACGACCUCUUCAAGCUGGGGGAGCCCUUCCAUAAGAAGGAGCAUUACCUCUCUGGGGUAAACGAGAGCGGCGCUGUUUUCGGAGUCAUUGUUUCUUACAGCAACAUGGACGACAAGCUGUUCAUCGCCACAGCCGUGGACGGCAAGCCCGAGUACUUCCCCACCAUCUCCAGCAGGAAGCUCACCAAGAACUCUGAGGCGGAUGGAAUGUUCGCCUACGUCUUCCAUGAUGAGUUUGUGGCCUCCAUGAUCAAAAUCCCCUCAGACACGUUCACCAUAAUCCCUGACUUCGACAUCUACUACAUCUAUGGCUUCAGCAGUGGCAACUUCGUCUACUUUCUGACCUUGCAGCCGGAGAUGAUCUCCCCACCUGGCUCCACCACCAAGGAGCAAGUCUACACCUCCAAGCUGGUCCGGCUCUGCAAGGAGGACACGGCCUUCAACUCCUACGUCGAGGUGCCUAUUGGUUGUGAGAAGAACGGGGUGGAGUACCGGCUUCUCCAAGCGGCCUAUUUAUCCAAGGCGGGCGCCAUCCUGGCCAGAUCCUUGGGUGUCAGCCCAGACGAUGAUAUCCUUUUCACGGUCUUCUCCAAGGGGCAGAAGAGGAAAAUGAAGUCUUUGGAUGAGUCGGCUCUGUGCAUCUUCAUCCUAAAGAAGAUCAACGACCGCAUCAAAGAAAGGCUUCGGUCUUGCUACAGGGGAGAGGGAACCUUAGAUCUGGCUUGGCUUAAAGUCAAGGACAUUCCCUGUAGCAGCGCGCUGUUAACAAUCAAUGACGAUUUCUGUGGCCUGGAUAUGAAUGCCCCUCUGGGAGUAUCGGAGAUGGUGCGAGGACUCCCCAUCUUCACUGAAGAUGGGGACAGGAUGACGUCGGUGAUCGCCUACGUCUACAAGAACCACUCGCUGGCGUUCGUGGGCACCAAGAGUGGCAAGCUGAAAAAGAUCCGCGUGGACGGCCCCACCAAUAGUGCCCUGGAGUACGAGAUCGUGCAAGUGGUGGACACCGGCCCCAUCUUACGGGAUAUGGCCUUCUCAGUGGAUCAUGAACACCUCUACCUCAUGUCUGAGAAGCAGCUGACCCGGGUGCCUGUGGAGUCGUGCGGGCAAUACAAGACCUGCAGCGAGUGCUUGGGUUCUGGGGACCCCCACUGCGGCUGGUGUGUGCUCCAUAACACGUGCACCAGGAAGGAGCGGUGCGAGCGCUCCAGCGAGCCUCGGCGAUUCGCCUCAGAGAUGAAGCAAUGUGUCCGGCUCACCGUGCAUCCCAACAACAUCUCCGUCUCCCAGUACAACGUGCUGCUGGUCCUGGAGACCUACAACGUCCCCGAGCUGUCAGCCGGAGUCAACUGCACCUUCGAGGACCUUUCCGAGAUGGAUGGCUUGGUGGUGGGGAACCAGAUCCAGUGCAUCUCCCCGGCUGCCAAGGAGGUGCCCCAGAUCGUCAUGGAGAAUGGAGACCAUCACAUUGUCCAGCUGCAGCUCAAGUCCAAGGAGACGGGCAUGACCUUCGCCAGCACCAGCUUUGUCUUCUACAACUGCAGCGUCCACAACUCGUACGUUGGUAUUCCCCUGACCGGCCUCUUCCCCCAGAACCUUAUUGGGCUGCUUAGAAGUCAGCCCAGCUGCUCACGCUGGAAGGGUCCAGCUCGUAGCAGAGGACACAAUCCGGGGCCCGGCGCACUGACUAACCGGCCUGAUGUGUUUUCUCCUCUUCCCCCGCAGGACUGUCCUCAGUUGCUCCAAGCAGACAAGAUCCUGGUGCCGGUGGAGGUGAUCAAGCCGAUCACCCUGAAAGCCAAGAACCUGCCACAGCCGCAGUCGGGGCAGCGGGGCUACGAGUGUAUCCUGAACAUCCAGGGCAACGAGCAGCGGGUCCCCGCCCUGAGGUUUAACAGCUCCAGCGUGCAGUGCCAGAACACCUCGUAUUCAUAUGAAGGGAUGGAGAUUAACAGCCUGCCGGUGGAGCUGACAGUCGUGUGGAAUGGGAAUUUCAACAUUGACAACCCAGCGCAGAACAAAGUGCACCUCUACAAGUGCGGGGCCAUGCGGGACAGCUGCGGGCUGUGCCUGAAGGCCGACCCGGACUUUGAGUGCGGCUGGUGCGAGGGACAGAACCAGUGCACGCUGAAGCACCACUGUCCCGUCCAGGAGAACCAGUGGCUGGAACUGUCCGGCACCAGGGGCAAAUGCACCAAUCCCCGGAUCACCGACAUCAUCCCCGUGACGGGCCCUCGGGAAGGAGGCACCAAAGUGACAAUCCGGGGGGAGAAUCUGGGACUGGAGUUCCGGGACAUUGCAUCUCACGUCAAAGUGGCGGGAGUGGAGUGCAAACCGCUGGUGGAAGGAUACAUCCCGGCGGAGCAGAUAGUGUGCGAGAUGGGAGAAGCCAAGCCCAGCCAGCAUGCCGGAUUCGUGGAGAUCUGCGUGGCCGAGUGUAAGCCUGAGUUCAUGGCCAGGUCCUCCCAGCUCUACUACUUUAUGAUGCUGACGCUCUCCGACCUGAAACCAAAGCGGGGCCCAGUGUCGGGGGGCACACAGGUGACAAUUACAGGCACCAACCUGAAUGCCGGCAGCAACGUGGUGGUGACCUUUGGGCAGCAGCCCUGUCUCUUUUACAGGAGGUCCGCGAUGCACAUUGUCUGUAACACCACAGCCUCAGACGAGGGCUUUGAGAAGGUCAAAGUGUCCGUGAGGGUGGACAAGGCCAAGAUACACCAGGAGCUGCAGUUUGAAUACAUGGAGGAUCCCACCAUCCUGAGGAUUGAGCCAGAGUGGAGCAUCUUCAGCGGGAACACACCCAUCGCAGUGUGGGGAACCCACCUGGACCUGAUCCAGAACCCUCAGAUCCGGGCAAAGCAUGGUGGGAAGGAGCACGUCAACGUCUGUGAGGUGCAGAACGCCACGGAGAUGACUUGCCAGGCCCCAGCACUGGCUGUGGACCCGAAUCACCAAUCCGAACUGACCGAGCGCCCAGAAGAGUUCGGCUUCAUCCUGGAUAAUGUUCAGUCCCUGCUGAUCCUCAACAAAACCAACUUCACCUACUACCCGAACCCGGUCUUCGAGGCUUUCAACCCCUCGGGGAUCCUGGAACUGAAGCCGGGCACGCCCAUCAUAUUAAAGGGGAAGAAUCUGAUCCCCCCGGUGGCUGGCGGGAACGCCAAGCUGAAUUACACCGUGCUGAUAGGAGAGAAGCCAUGUGCGGUGACUGUGUCGGACGUGCAGCUGCUGUGCGAGUCACCAAACCUCAUUGGACGGCACAAAGUGAUGGCUCGAGUGGGAGGACUGGAGUUCUCCCCAGGGAUGGUCUACAUCUCUCCCGACAGCCCGCUCAGCCUGCCGGCCAUUGUCAGCAUCGCCGUGGCCGGCGGCCUGCUCAUCAUCUUCAUCGUGGCGGUGCUGAUUGCAUACAAGCGCAAGUCCCGCGAGAGCGACCUGACCCUAAAGCGGCUGCAGAUGCAGAUGGACAACCUGGAGUCCAGGGUGGCUCUGGAGUGCAAAGAAGCUUUUGCAGAGCUUCAGACAGACAUUCACGAGCUGACGAGCGACUUGGACGGCGCCGGCAUCCCCUUCCUCGAUUACCGCACCUACACCAUGAGGGUGCUUUUCCCAGGCAUCGAAGACCACCCCGUCCUGAGGGAUCUGGAGGUGCCUGGCUAUCGGCAGGAGCGGGUGGAGAAGGGUCUGAAGCUCUUUGCCCAGCUCAUCAACAACAAGGUCUUCCUGCUGUCCUUCAUCCGCACCCUGGAGUCCCAGCGCAGCUUCUCCAUGCGGGACCGCGGCAACGUGGCCUCGCUCAUCAUGACCGUGCUGCAGAGCAAGCUGGAGUACGCCACCGACGUCCUCAAGCAGCUCCUGGCCGACCUCAUCGACAAGAACUUGGAGAGCAAAAACCACCCCAAGCUGCUGCUGAGGAGGACGGAGUCUGUGGCCGAGAAGAUGCUCACGAACUGGUUCACCUUCCUGCUGUACAAGUUCCUGAAGGAGUGCGCCGGCGAACCGCUGUUCUCCCUCUUCUGCGCCAUCAAGCAGCAGAUGGAAAAGGGCCCCAUUGACUCCAUCACCGGGGAGGCCCGCUACUCGCUGAGCGAGGCCAUCGUGGCAGCGCAAAGCGUGGACUAUCGACCUUUGGUCCUGAGCUGUGUGAACCCCGACAACGUGAACAGCCCCGAAAUCCCCGUGAAGAUCCUGAACUGUGACACCAUCACGCAGGUCAAGGAGAAGAUUCUCGACGCCAUCUUCAAGAACGUGCCGUGCUCCCACCGGCCCAAAGCGGCCGACAUGGACCUGGAGUGGCGGCAGGCCAGUGGGGCCCGAAUGAUCCAUCAGGAUGAAGACAUCACCACCAAGAUAGAGAACGACUGGAAGAGACUCAACACCCUGGUGCACUACCAGGUGCCAGAUGGGUCCGUGGUAGCGCUGGUGUCCAAGCAGGUCACUGCCUACAAUGCUGUCAACAACUCCACGGUCUCCAGGACCUCAGCUAGCAAGUAUGAAAAUAUGAUCCGCUACACGGGCAGCCCGGACAGCCUGCGCUCUCGCACCCCCAUGAUCACGCCUGAUCUGGAGAGCGGAGUCAAGAUGUGGCAUCUAGUCAAGAACCAUGAGCACGGAGACCAAAAAGAGGGCGACCGGGGCAGCAAGAUGGUGUCUGAGAUCUACCUGACCAGGCUGCUAGCCACCAAGGGCACUUUGCAGAAGUUUGUAGACGACCUCUUUGAGACGAUCUUCAGCACGGCCCAUCGCGGCAGCGCCCUGCCCCUCGCCAUCAAGUACAUGUUUGAUUUCCUGGACGAGCAGGCCGACAAGCACAACAUCCACGACCCCCAUGUGCGGCACACCUGGAAGAGCAACUGUUUGCCACUACGGUUCUGGGUCAACAUGAUCAAAAACCCCCAGUUCGUAUUCGACAUCCACAAGAACAGCAUCACCGAUGCCUGCCUCUCGGUGGUGGCUCAGACCUUCAUGGACUCCUGUUCCACCUCGGAGCACCGUCUGGGCAAAGACUCCCCGUCUAACAAGCUUCUGUAUGCCAAGGACAUCCCCAGCUACAAGAACUGGGUGGAAAGGUAUUACUCCGACAUCGGCAAAAUGCCAGCGAUCAGCGACCAGGACAUGAACGCCUACCUGGCGGAGCAGUCUCGCAUGCACAUGAAUGAGUUUAACACCAUGAGCGCGCUCUCGGAGAUCUAUUCCUACGUGGGCAAGUACAGCGAGGAGAUUCUCGGAGCCCUCGAUCAAGACGACCAGGCCGGGAAACAGAAGCUCGCCUACAAACUUGAACAAGUCAUAACCCUCAUGAGCAUAGACAGCUGAGAACUGGCCUGCCAGGGCAGCCCUGGGAGGGAAAAACCAAGCCGUGCCUCAGUCAAGAUCACCAUCUUUACCAAGUGCAAGUGUAAGCAGUCACCUGACCAGCGCGCUCUCUUCCCCUCUCUCCCCACCUCGAGACGAGGCCCCAGGGAUUCCUGGGAAGUGGUGGUGGAGGAAUCUCAGCUUUGGGGGCUAUCGAGACCUUUGGGUGGAGAUCUCUGGUUCACAGCAUCCCCUUCCUCCCUCCCCCUCCCCCUACCAUCCCAGCCGUAUCCGGAUGGGAAACUGGAAGGUGACCUCCGCCACGCUGCUUUAACUGCCCUCCUGGGCCCAUGGCUCGGAGCGGCUGUUUGGAAACAAACUCAGUAUUAUUAGAGUCUUGCCACAGGGAAGCUACUGUCCUUGCUCGGCCUGCCUCCCGGGAUCUCAACCGGGGCAGGAGUGACCCUGGAUCCUCCUCCAGCAGAGCCGUUACAGAAUCUCGGUCAACCUCAGUCCCGGAGGAGAGAAUUCCAGGCACCCCUGGGAAGCUCCGGGGAUGUGGCGAAACAGGAGCAGGACCGUCGUGGCACUAGGGACUCUACCUGGGGGAACAGCAAUGCGAGCCGUUCUCCAGGGAUGGGGGGAAGGAGGGGCCGCCCCCCCUUCGCUUUUCGUACGUUUAUUAUUAUUUUUAAAACAGAUCUGUGUCCCUCUCAGUCUUUUCCGGUUUGUCCUGUUGACCGUGUAACUGCGACACGGCGUUCUCUGUCCGGUUGCACCCCAUUGGGGAUCCUCCUGGCAGUGUCUCGCACCCCGUUUCCAACCACGCCCCUGAGAAGACAAGCCACGAGGAGCCACGUUUCAUCCUGGAGAGAAGGGAUGUGGCUUGGGAAACCAUGACCGCCCAGGAAAUGUAUAUGUCCUACCGCAGGAUUUUCAUUUGUUUCUUUUCUGAGCUGGAACAAGAUGGUUUUUUGGUGAAGGUGGCGGGGUGUUUGCUGCAAAACAUGAGGGUCGGCCCGUGGGAGAAUGGGUCAUAACUUCCUCUCAGGCGGCUCCAAGGAGGAAGUGACCUCGCUGCCGGGGGAAGUGACCUCACACCUAUUGGGCCUUUAAAAAAAACAGUACAACGUUUUCUUCUUUAAUAUUCCAAACAAAAUGACUGUUUUUCAGCAUCAUCUUCCCACCCUUCUCCCUCCUGCUUUCCUGUCCUGUCCCCAGACGUUCCUUGUCUCCCACUCCCGUCUCCCUCCCCAACAAAUGGCUCCUUUUCAAAGCCCAUCUGGUGCCUGCAAACUGUCUCCCUGCUCCUCCCGUCCCCCGUGCCCGCCCUCUUCUUCCUCCCCUCCCUCCUGAGGUCUCGCUUGUCUCAGAAUGGGUAGGGAUGGGAGAGGAUGUGUGCCUGCUCCCCUAGAAUGCCUGAGUCUCUGAGGGCCCAGCCCUCUUCUACCACAGGCGAGACGCGGCCCUCUCCUCUCUCUGUGCGAUCGCAAGCCGCUCACUUUGAUUUCUCCUCACCUCAGCAUGGCAGAGACGCAACCCCAGUGCCCAAACUAGGGAACCUCAAAUUUGGCACCUCCCUGAGUGAGGAUGGAAGGAGGCACUGGGUUUGCACCCAUCCCCUCAAGGACGACGGGAGUGCUUGGUAAGAACGCACACAGGAAGGGACCGGAGCCAUCUGUAGCCAGCUGCCUCCAUCCACCGAGAAUACACUUUGGAGGACGCAGGGAAGAGGACCUCCGUGGGCCUGAUGGGGAGGUGACGGUCAGACCCAAUCUGGUUUAUGUGUCUUGCUCUCAAAGCAAAGGCUCUGUAAGGCAGUGUAUCGCCUGGUGGAGGGGGGCCAUGGAGGGGAAAGGAUUCGUUAUCACGAUAUAAAUAUGAUGGGUCAUGGGCAUCUACAAUCGUCUUCAACUGGGUUGUGAGAAAAAAAGUUUGAAAACCGCUGCACUAGUCUACAUAGGCAAUGCUUUCUACAGUGGUUAAUGAACGAUGGCUCAACAGUAGUAAAGAGGCUGGUAUAAGAUCUAUAAUCUAACAGCAUUGUUUAGGGACACAUUUUGUGUUUUAAAUACCAGGCAUUGUGUGUGUGUGUAUGUGUGUGUGUGUGUGUGUGUGAUUUCUUUUUGUUGUGCUUGCUUUUUUUUUUUUUAUGUUGGUCAACCGAUCAACUCAUCAUGCACCUUAUGGACAUUUCAACGCUUGCAAGAGGACAGAGUGGGGGCGUGUUGGCUUGGAUUGGUAAUGUUGUGGUUUAAUAAUUUGGUUAGGUUGCAGAGUGUCCCAGAUCAGAUAGUUAUGGCAGUGGAAUAGAAAGCACCAUGGGAGCCAGUGAUACGAAAACUCACAAAUUGUUUUUUUUAAAUACAUUAAAAAAUUAAAAAUGGAAGAAACCAAAGGUUUUGACAAAGUGCCACAAACGAUAAACACAGACCUUAUUCCCCUGACUUUUAUUCCGCAGGAUGGUCGGAUGGAAGGAUAAAAGGUUGAUUUAGGGGAGAUGAGUGAUGGGCAGACAGCUGGUGCUGCUCAGAGAUUAAUUUUGUUUGCACAUGUGAAGGGAGGAAGGUGACAUGAAAUAAAAAAGGUAUUGAAGGAAACGUGUGAUUUUGCACAGCCAGAGACGUUCUUUUAAAAAAGGAGGAAAAUAAGAGACAUGUUCCGGUUCUGUUUGGAGUGGCAGGGUUUUUAUGAUUUUAAUUUUUUUGCGGGUACAGAAUUUUUCAACUUUUUGUCACAGAAAAACUCAAACCCCUCAGAGAAAUGGCGAGAAGGAAAAUCUCCUUGGAAACAGGAAUCAUUGUGAGCUGCAAACCAUGCCCCUCCUGCCGAGGACUUUAAACAAAUCUCUGUUUUGCUUCAUUUUUAUUUUUGUAUCUGCGCUUUUGGUGGGUUGGUUUUGCCUCGACAAUGUGCCGAAAUUGUGCCGUGAAUGUGUGGGCUCUUCUCUCCAUUCCCAUGUGUCCCCCGCCUCCCAUGCUCACCGUCCCUGUCCUUACAGUCCUAGGAGAUGUCUUGGCUUCUUCCCCCUCAGUAAUUUACGUUUAUGUGCAUGUAAAAUACAAUUAAAAACAAAGAGACACAAACAGAGGGAAGAACGAGCCUGGGUGUAAUCUAGGCAAGUUAUUUUCCUGUUUCCUUUGCCUACGUCUUUCCCCCGGCUGCCUGUGACCUCCCAACUGGAGGAUAUGAGCUACCCAUUGAGGAUUUGAUCCAAAAGCCACUGAAAUCCACCCCCCUGGCUUCACCUUAGAGCCCAGAGUUCCGAGUUAUGGCGUGGGUGUGCCAGUUAAAGAGCUCUGAAUGUCACCUGACGUCACGAGGCAGGCUGAGGGGACUGUGGCAGAAACAGAUCCUAGCAUGGGCCCGGUGGGGACAGGUAGGGGUUCAGAGUUCAUUAGGGGGAACAGCAGCUGGGCGUGGGCAUGGGUCAGCCCCACUGCAAAGCACAGCCUACGUGGCCUGGUGCGAUGCUCCUCCCUCAGCGUGGCCCGUCUUUCCGGGGCACAUCCCGUGGUUGCUUGCGCUACGUAAGAUGAGCUGCUCGAUGAUUCUUUCCUAGGGAAUUGUGGGAGAACAUGGCUCUCCCACAGGACACACGGGGAGGGGGAUUGUGGGACGGCAUUGGAGGGCAAUCAGCAGUCGAGCGAUUUAGCCUGAGUCCUCACAGCAAGGAGAACUGGUGAGAGGAAUUUGUGUGUGGACAGGCAGCAGGUUGGGGGCAUUCCCUGAGUGACUCAGCAGCGCAGCCAUAGUUGGUGGGCUAUAAAGGCAGAACCUUAAACACUCAGGCUGUGUCUACAUUGGCAAGAUUUUGCGCCAAAGCUACUGCUUUGGCGCAAAGUCUUGUCACCAGUCUACACUGGCCGUGAGUACUUGCGCAAGAACACUGACGUUCUAAUGUAUAAAAUCAGUGCUUCUUGCACAAAUACUCUGAUGUUCCCGC